UGGAUCUUUAAAACCCCAUUUUACAGAGGUUGAUAUUGCAGCAACACGUUUAUUCAUUUUAGUUUUGUGCGCUUCGCUGUUCGCUCCUGACACACCAAUUCAGCGCAUUUUCCAGCAGAGAUCGUUGUGAGAUCGUAGGUCGGGAGGAUGACAGCUCGAGUAUAUUUCUCAUUGAUUGCUGUUUUAUCGUGUCUGUUCAGAUACUUGAGCAUAACAGAUGCUACUCGAACCGCAGCAAAGCCAGGACAGUGUCCACCCCAAUCAUCUGGAAGAAGAUCGUGUAUCAGUUCCUGUAAGAGUGACUCUAACUGUCCCAACAAUGAGAAGUGCUGCAGCAAUGGAUGUGGACGUUACUGUACGGCUCCAUAUACAGUGAAGCCGGGUCAAUGUCCCAAAUCGAAGAACAUUCCACUGUGUGCUGAAAGCUGUUUCCAUGAUGGCCACUGUCCUGCCACACAGAAAUGUUGCGCAACCACCAGUGGCCAAGCAUGUAGUGAACCACGUGGCCAGGGAGGUGGUCAGGGGAGGGGUCAGGGAAGCGGAAGUGGUCAGGGGCGCGGUCAUGGUCAUGGUCAGUGGAGUGGUCAGGGAAGCGGGAGUGGUCAGGGAAGCGGAAGUGGUCAGGGGAGUGAGGUCGGGAGGAUGACAGCUCGAGUAUAUUUCUCAUUGAUUGCUGUUUUAUCGUGUCUGUUCAGAUACUUGAGCAUAACAGAUGCUACUCGAACCGCAGCAAAGCCAGGACAGUGUCCACCCCAAUCAUCUGGAAGAAGAUCGUGUAUCAGUUCCUGUAAGAGUGACUCUAACUGUCCCAACAAUGAGAAGUGCUGCAGCAAUGGAUGUGGACGUUACUGUACGGCUCCAUAUACAGUGAAGCCGGGUCAAUGUCCCAAAUCGAAGAACAUUCCACUGUGUGCUGAAAGCUGUUUCCAUGAUGGCCACUGUCCUGCCACACAGAAAUGUUGCGCAACCACCAGUGGCCAAGCAUGUAGUGAACCACGUGGCCAGGGAGGUGGUCAGGGGAGGGGUCAGGGAAGCGGAAGUGGUCAGGGGCGCGGUCAUGGUCAUGGUCAGUGGAGUGGUCAGGGAAGCGGGACGGUCAGGGGAGCGGUCAGGGAAGCGGUUAUGGUCAGGGGAGCGGUCAAGGAAGCGGUUAUGGUCAGGGAAGCGGAAGUGGUCAGGGGAGUGGUCAGGGGAGCGGUCAGGGGAGCGGUCAAUGUCAGGGAUGUGGCCAUUGAAAAGAUCAUGGGAAUUUUGCAUAACACCUACUGGAGAUCUUUUCAGUUCAGUGCUUUAUUCAUAUGGCAUGUUUUCCCUGUUUGCUCAAACAGUUUAGAAAGAUUUUUGUUGAUCGUUCUCUCUCUCUCUUUCAUUUUAAAGUUGUACAACUUUCUUAAUGUAUUGGGAUUUUAAGUAUAAUUUUUCGAG